AUGCUGUUAAACCGUACGCUGCGGCCAUGUCGCUUUUCAUCGCGCCUGGGCCUGAGAUCUAAUCGUCGAAACUUCACAACACAACCACCACCGCCUCCUCCACCCCAGAAAGACGCCCAGUCUCGUCUUCGCCGCUUCAAUGACCGCCUUCCGUCAUUUCUCCGCGCGUACACUACCCCCUUACUCGGUGCGCCUGCAACGCACGUCACGUCCUUCUUGAUUCUCCACGAGAUAACUGCAGUUGUGCCGCUUUUCGGACUCGUCGCGGCGUUCCACUACGGGGAAUGGCUUCCUGAUUUCACAUCAUAUAGCGGGUUUGAAGAAGGGACGAGUAGAUUCACGAAAUGGCUCAGGAAGAAGGGCUGGGUGGAGGACAGUGUCGACGCCGAGGAAGUUACUGCAGGGACUGCUACGGAUAAAAAGGGCGUGCGCUUGGUUCUUGAGUUUGCGACUGCAUAUGCGGCUACGAAGGCUUUGUUGCCUUUUCGAAUCAUCGCCAGUGUUUGGGCGACGCCGUGGUUUGCUAGAGUUGUUUUAGGUCCAAUCGGCAGAGGCGCGAGGAGAUUAUUUCAAGGGCAAUAA